CCCCCGACGCGUUCAGGACACCACCUGCCCGGCCCUCUUCGUUUAACGUUCAAUCUUUACAGUUAAAGCCAGCGUUGGACUCUGCAAUGAUGAAUCGGAACGCAGGUCUUUGAUGCGUUGGUAGCAAGAUACUGUACACUAACUGUGACUCCGAUCUCGGACCCGGUCUGUCAAUCAUCCUUUCAUUGGAUCUGAUCAACAGCCACAUUUGAAUGUCUUCCCGUAUACUCAUCAACACUUUCGUGUCGAAGGUGGACUACCGAGCCUUUUAUGUACAGAUCAUUGUCUUUCGACUGUUUCAUGUUCUUUUCUGUGCGAUGUCCACGAAUCUUAGGGAUGUAUCCUUUGUUUGAUGCAAACAAGGACGCUCUGAUGCCAGCUUUUACCCACGCAGCCACACCCACGCAUCCGACCGGAACGUUUUUCGAAUAUCUAGAUUUAUAUAUGCAGUUGGACAAACUCGCAGAGCCUUUUCCUUAUCAGCCCCUUUUACGGCAGUCGUUGUCGCAAACCAACAAUGCACGCCCUCGUCAUUAUUGCAGUAUAUAUUGGGAUCGCUCUGCUGCCAACAACAGCACAGAAUGCGGCCUCCGACGCCUUUACGCCCAAGUUUGAUUAUUGUCCACCCGGAACCUCGCUCAUCCGUUCAACAGGGGCGACAAGUCAAACCCUUGGGCCUGACGAGGAACGUUAUAUCUCGACUCGCAAGCGUGACGUUCUCCCGGCUGCAUGGUCGUCUUACCUUCAAAACGUUGGAAACAGGGCUAAGGCGCUUGAUCUGGAGCUUCCUGAAUAUGUGUCUCGCGUGCUCUCAAUGCCAGGCCUCAAUCCUUCGUUGGGCAUUGCAAUCAGUGGAGGAGGCUGGAAAGCUGCGACAUUUGGCGCGGCCAGUUUGAACGCCCUCGACUCGAGGAAUCAAACAGCUACGAAGCUCGGUACAGGCGGUCUUCUCCAGGCUGCUUCCUACAUGACCGGUCUUUCCGGAAGCUCCUGGCUUCUGAUGUCGCUCGUACAGGCCAACUUUCCGACGUUCGAGGAACUUAUCUUUGGCACAGCGUCCAAUGCGACGCAGUCCAAAGAAAACCUAUUUCCAGGUUGGCUUGGGCAGUUCGAUCUGCUCCAGCCCGGAAACACGAAUCAAUCACUCGACUUUGUUCAGAGUCUGUUGACAGAUGUGAAGGGUAAAUUCGACGUCGGGUUCCCCGUGACAUUGAUUGAUGUUUGGGGACGCACAUUGUCAAGGCAUUUCGUCAAUGGCACGACGCCAGAGAACUUCUUUGACACAAAUAUCACGCAUGGCGCUGGAGUCACACUUUCGUCCUUAGCAUCAUUACCAAUAUUCCAGGACCAUGGUAUACCAUUCCCGAUCGUCGUCAGUGAUUCAAUAUCGACGGCCCCUAAUACGUCUGCUCUUUUCAAUCUGACGGGUGCGGUCGUACCACUCACCAACCCCAUCCUUGAAUUCAAUAUAUUCGAGACAGGCUCAUACGACCCGAUGUUAUCUGCAUUUACACCGACUAAAUUCCUUGGUUCGCCGAACGACUCAGUUUGCGUCACUGGGUUCGAUCAAGUAGGAUAUAUACAAGGGUCUUCCGGAGGAUUGUUCUCAAUUUUUAAUACAUCUGCCGAGACUCUUGCUGCAUCCCCUGUGGGAGGAUUACUGACACUUUUGAAUGCAACAUUUACACAGCCUGGUAUCCGGCUCGAUGCUGCGGCCCUGCCCAACCCAUUCUUCGGCCAUGCAAAGGAUACAUUCGCAGAUAGUGGAGAGAAAAUCCUGAGACUCAUAGAUGGCGCCGAAAAUGGGGAAGGGACGCCUUAUCAACCGCUCCUCGUCAAAGCGAGAGGUGUCGAUACCAUAAUUGCCAUAGACGUGCAAGGAGACAACGCUCUCGAAUUCACGGAGGGACUUUCGGUCAUCGCUUCUCAAGAACGUGCAUCCAUCUUGUCCUCAGUAUAUUCCUUCCCUUCCGUCCCUACCUCUGUCGAAACUUGGAGGUCUGAGAACUUGGCCAAGCAUCCAACGUUCUUUGGAUGCAAUAGCACUAGUCGUGAUGUACCGCUUCUCAUCUACAUCGCAAAUGGCGCUCCACCUCUCGGUCAAGUUGCAGUCACGAACGUAUCCACAACUUUAACCAUCUUCCCUCCCGAGCAAGCGCGAGCCAUUUUCGACCAAUCGUUCGAUAUCGCAACUCAGGGCAUUCCAGUCCUCAAUAUGUUCGGAUAUAUAGAGAAAGACCCAGAGUGGCCUAUUUGUUUGGCAUGCGCUGUCGUUGACAGAAUGCGGUUGAAGAGUGGAGCUCAGAGAAGUGGGAUCUGUGCCAGUUGCCUCGACAGAUAUUGCUGGAGCUAAGUACUUUCUUUUCUCUUUUGCCCUUUGCAUACUUUGGCACUGGCAGCGGGUUUAGGUCAAUUAUUCUGUCAUGCUCAUGUUACCUGGAGCAAUGAACAGACAAAUUUGAAACUGUGCUAGUGUAUUUUUGCAUCGAGCGUGUUCUAUCGACGCUCCGUAAUAUUCCUCGCCUUAGACAAGAACUCUCAUACUCAAGUCGAGGAUUGCACACAGGUUGGCACGUUGGUUUCAGUUC